AUGGAUGCUACUACUUGGAGAUUACAGUCAUUGUUCUAUUGGAAAUCCCUUUUGCAGGAUGUUAGAUCUUUUGUACAACAAUAUGACAUAUGCCAAAGAAACAAGUAUAAUGCAGCUGCUUAUCUUGGUUAUUUGAAACCUCUUCCUAUUCGUAAAGGUGUGUGGACUGAUGUUUGCUUAGAUUUCAUUAAAGGUCUUCCUAAAUCUAAUGGGAAGGAUGUCAUAUUGGUUGUGGUUGACAGAUUGAGCAAGUAUGGUCAUUUCUUAUGCUUGCACCAUCCUUAUACAACUCAAUCAAUAGCCCAAUGCUAUUUGGACCAUGUUUUUAAGCUUCAUGGUAUACUAGUGACCAUGACAAGUGAUAGAGAUCUUGUGUUCUUAAGCUCCUUUUGGCAAGAACGUUUUACACUUCAAAGAGUGCAAUUACAGAGAUCCACAACUUACCAUCCUCAGACUGACGGUCAAACUGAGGAUAAAAGACACUGCUGUAAGCACAGAACUGACAGGUCAUUUUCAGUGGGAGAUUGGGUGUACUUAAAACUUCAACCUUAUAGGCAAGUUACAGUUGCUACUAGGCCAUCUAAUAAGCUUGCAGCCAAGUAUUAUGGACCUUAUAUAGUGGAUGCUUGGAUUGGAGUUGUUGCUUACAGGUUGUUGUUGCCCAAGGAUGUUCUUAUUCAUCCUACUUUCCAUGUCUCUAAGCUUAAGAAGUGUUAUGCAAUCCCCAUGAGCUUCAACCAUCUACCUGUUUUGCAUUUAUGUAGUCCCUUUUGUCCAGAGCCUGAGUUAGUUCUAGAUAGGAGGAUGGUCAAGCACGGCAUCAAGGCAAUAGGUCAAGUCUUAGUCAAAUGGACUGACCUUGAUACAGCUCAAGCUACUUGGGAGUAUGUUUCAGGGUUACACACUAGGUUUCCUGCUUUCCAUCCUUGA